AUGACCGCGGUCCACGAAGCCAACCAGUUGCCAUGGAAGGUGGCCUUCAGGGUGCAGUUCGCCUCGGAGAAGUACGGCCUCAAGUUCCACCCCGCCGCGCUGCCCGACACGGGUAACGGCGUCUAUACGAUCCAGCUCCUCGAUGUGCCCAUCUCGGCUGACCCCGCGACAAGCGGCCCCGCGCAGCAGUACAACGCGGCCUUGAAGCCGGAGCAGCAGCACUUAGCACUGCGCGCAGGACUCUAUCUAACGCACAUCAACGACACCAACCUGCUCAAUGUGCCGUGCGAAGACGUCAUCCGGCAACUCACGUCGGUGCCGCGACCAGUCAAGCUGCGCUUUGUCGACGUUGAGGCCGGCGUCGUCACACUCAAGGAGCUCCAACAAGGUCAAUACAAGCGCGACUCGUACUCGACGCAGCAAAUCUCGGCGCUGCUGCAGGAAGUGGCUGUUGCUCCGUUGCCGCCACCGACACUGGUCGAGGUCGUCAAACCGCCGGUGCCAGCCGAUGUUGUCAAGCCCAAAGCUGAUCCCUCGCCGCCCAAGCGCGUCAACGUCGUCGCGCAGUCGAAUCAAGCGGGCGCCCAACUCGCCGCUGACCACGUGUACAAGCUCAUCCUUCUUGGCACGACCGGCGUCGGCAAAAGCAGUAUUCUCUCGGUCGGUAUCGGCGGUGCUUCGUCCUACUCAGAUCGACCAGCGGCGACGCUCGAGGCUGAGUUCGGCACCAUGUACGUGUCCGACCCCGACCUCUCCUCGAAAAAGAUGAUCAAGGCCCAGAUUUGGGACACGGCCGGCCAAGAGCGAUACCGCGCCAUGACGCGGUCGCAUUAUCGACGGGCCGAUGGCGCGCUGCUGGUGUACGAUGUCGCAGACCCCGAGAGCUUCCAGAAGCUCGACGGAUGGCUCAAAGACCUGCGCGAGAUUGCGGGCGACUCGAUCAAGUCGAUCAUGGUCGUUGAAAACAAGGUCGACCAGCUCCCGGAGCGCUCGUCCGAGAACGACAGUCGCCCGAGCCAGUUUGUCGACGCGAAUGUUGUCAAGGCGUACUGCCAAGAGCACGGCCUCCUCUUUGCGCGGACGUCGGCCAAGAUGAACUCGACAGCGUUCAAGUGGGAAGGUCAACCGAUCGCCGAUGUCGUGAGCCACCUCCUCCUCAACGUUCAUGCGACGCAGCUCGCUCGCGGCCUCCGGCAACAAGCCUCAGCACCGACACCGACGACACCACCCACGAUUCCGUCCACCUCGGCAGCGGCCACACCAAGUCCUCUCUCGGAGCACGUGAUUGUAUUGCAAGAUCGAUCGGUGCCGAAGAGCAAGGCCGAGUGCAGUACGUGUGCGUCGUCGUAG